UUCAAAGGGGUUUAUUUAUGAGUUCUUUACGGACGUACAGACGAUGACAACAACUUUAAAACAAGCUUUAAAAACCCACUUCGGGUUUGACAAUUUUAGGUCUAAACUACAGGAAGAUGUUGUCAAAGCAGUCAUCAGAGGGGACAAGGAUGUGUUUGUGUGCAUGCCCACUGGAGCAGGAAAGUCCCUCUGCUACCAGCUACCUGCAGUUCUGGCUGAGGGUAUUACUCUGGUUAUAUCCCCGCUGAUCGCUCUCAUUCAGGACCAAGUGGACCGCCUGAAGGGUCUCAACAUCCCUGCCUGCUCCAUCAACUCCAAGCUCCCAGCAGGCGAACGCCGUCUGAUCCUGGCUGAUUUAGGGAGCAGCUGCCCCAAGCUCAAGCUGCUCUACAUCACUCCAGAGAUGGUGGCCUCUCCCUCGUUCCAGCCCUGCCUGACAGGCCUGUGCUCGCGCGGCCUGCUGUCUUACCUGGCUGUGGACGAGGCACAUUGCGUCUCCCAGUGGGGACAUGAUUUCAGGCCAGACUACCUCAAAUUGGGUGAGCUGCGUGCUCGCUUGCCGGGGGUUCCCUGUUUGGCCCUGACAGCAACAGCGCCCAAGAAUGUACAAGAGGACAUUAUACAGUCCCUGAGGCUGCGCUCGGCGUUGUCUUUUGUCACACCUGUCUUCCGCAGUAACUUGCACUAUGAUGUGAUCUUCAGAGAGCUGCUGCCAAACCCCUACGUCCACCUCCACGCCUUCAUUCAGAAGGCACUGGCACUGGACAGUGGGUCUUAUGGACAGGGUUGUGGGAUUGUGUACUGUCGGACCAGGGAAGGCUGUGAAACUGUGGCUUACCAGCUGACCAAGCUUGGAGUCUUGGCCAAGCCUUAUCACGCAGGUCUGAAGGCAGGAGAUCGCACAGAGGCCCAGAAUGAGUGGAUGCAGGGGAAGGUGCUGGUUAUCGUAGCCACCAUCAGCUUUGGUAUGGGAGUAGACAAGGCCAAUGUCAGGUUUGUGGCUCAUUGGAACCUCGCGAAGUCCCUGGCCAGUUACUACCAAGAGUCUGGGCGAGCUGGAAGGGACGGACUGCCCUCCUCCUGCCGCACGUACUACUCCGCAAAAGAUAAGGAGCAAAUUAACUUCCUCAUCCGCCAGGAGGUCGCCCGCAAACAGGAAAAACGUGGCUCUGCGAAGGAGACGGACAAAACAGCCAUAACAGACUUUGAAGCCAUGGUGUCCUUCUGUGCACAAGAAGGUUGUCGCCAUGCCACCAUCUCCAAGUUCUUUGGGGACAAGACUCCCAACUGCGCAGGUGCCUGCGACUACUGUCGUAACCCCAAAGCUGUACGAGCCCAGCUGGAGAGGGCGGCUGCACUCAGCACCAAGAUUGAAGCUCAGAGCAAAGAGCCCAAAGGAGCAUUUGGUUUCCAGCCGGGCCUUUAUGAAGGAGGGAAGAAGGGCUACGGCUUUGAAAGGUAUGAUGAAGUGGGCGCCAGUAGUAGUGAAGAUGAUGGUACACAGAGGAAAAAGGAGUUUUCUGACCUCUUCAAGAAGCAGAUGAACCUGCGGAAGGGAAGUGACGGUCAGAGGGAAGACUUUGUUCCUCCAGAUGCUGACUGUCCACUUAGAGAGGCCAGCAGCCAGAGGAUCCCUAGGCUCACAGUAAAGGCCAGAGAGCACUGUCUGUGCCUCUUGCAGGAGGCAUUACAUGGCCACCAGGGGGCAGAAGACACAUUCAACUGUGGUACCCUGUCAUUAGCGGUGGAGCUCGAACAUGAGGUCUUCAAGAGCAGCAAGACAUCCAAUUUGUACAAGGCUGCUGUCCUAAAGAAGGUAUCAGAGAUGAAGAAAACAGUCCCGGCUUCAGCUGGAGGAGAAAGAGGAGAAAGUGAGAAGACAAACAGCAACAGUGAAUCCACAGAAAUGGAGUCAAAACUCAAAGAGGAAGCAUCUUCCCCUUCUUCUUCCUGCUUCUCUGAGGAGCUGCAGGGGUUCACAUCUGCAUCGGAGAUCUACUCACUGAAGCGUAAGAGAGUAGGGGCAGGGCAGAGGGGCCAAUCCAACCCCUUCCUGACUGCUAAGGAGCUGCUGAAGUCCUCCAUGUUGGACACUGAGUCUAACAAAUGGACAGAGGGCAGCGGAUUUUACAACGACCGCUCGGGAGGCUCUGAAUUGGAGAGGAGAGAACAGACGAACACAGAUGCCUCUUCGGCUGUAACAUCAUCGAUCAGAGCCAGAGCAAAUGCCGCAGCUUCCUGCCUGAACAGCCCGACGAAGGCCGGCAGAGCCAUAAGCAAGAAGCAGCAGAAGCUAGCGGAAGCGGCAAAGAGUUCCCGCAACAUUUCCCAGUACUUUGCUAAGAAACAGACAGUGGAGGAGGCGGAGACGCCAAAGGGCGUUAUAUUAUCUCAUACUACCGCCUUGGAAGCUGAAGACAACAGUAGCCAUCGGGAACACUCACCUGUCACUGUGGAGGAUGUAGAGAUCAGUCCUGUGGAGUCAGAGACUCAGGAUGUGAUCCAAGAAGAAAGUAAAAACAAUGUAAUAGUUAUACUUGAUGAUGAAGAAGAGGAGACAGAGAUGUUGGAGCUGGAGCGACUUAAAGACACAUCUAAAGAGUAUAAAUCAGAACAAAACAACCCUGAGGAAGAAGAUAAAGCGCCUCUGGUAGCAGGGUUGACAGAUGAUAUGAAAGCGAACAGAGAGACUUCUCCUCCAGUGAAGCGCAGCCGCCCUGCAGACGGCAGCAGCAGAAGAGUAACCUUCAACCCCAAUGUGCAGGAGAGGGCCCUGCAGCCUGUUAAUGAGCCGCCCAAGCCUGUGACACUAAAGGAAGCAGCCGACAUCGUGGUCCGCUACCUGGACCCCUUUUACACUCAGGGAAGGUUUGCCACCAAGGAGCUGUUUAAGUCUUUCGCCCGCUACUUAUCUCACCUUCUCGCGGAGGGGAGGAGUCGGGGGAAAGGCCAAGUUAAAGCAGAAGCCAAGGCUCUCAUCAAGAAGUUCUUCAGCAGAGUUCAGCGCUGUGAAAGCGAAGCAGACUGGAAGCACCUUAAAAGGACACACAGCUGCAUAACCACAGAGAACAAGGAAUGAAAUGUAGCCAUUCCCUACCCGUCAGUGCCUAAGCUUCCCUUGUUCUAGUGAGGAACACUGCUGGUCAGGUUUAUUGUUGAUUUGCUGCUAGAGUUCUGCUUUUUUUUCAGGCUUGUCGCUGCUAAGUUAGCUUAUGCCAGUAAUUAAGCAAUAAUGGGGACUGUUACAGCCUGAGAGAGCAGAGGGAAAACUGCGUGCAUACUUGUAUGACAAGCGUUCUUUGUGUUUCAGCCCAUUUACUGAAAAAUUAUCACCGAUGACCAAAGUAUGUGAUUUUUAAAUGACUCCUCUGCAGACAGCAAAUAGUCUUCAUUCAUUUCACUACAGUAUGGCGCUUUGGUGGUACUGCACUCUCCUUCUUUUCAUGUCAUUCUGCACUUAAAUCUGAUGUAAAACAUGUUUCAAGUUUGCUCUUGCGACAAACGAGUCUACAACCAUGCUAGCAGCUCUGUGAGGCUGAACUUAGGCACGGCUUUGCUUUGAGCAAAAUGCUAACCUCAGCAUGCUAACAUGUUCACAAUGAUAGUGCUAACAUCCUGAUGUCUAGCAGGCAUACUGUUUACCAUUUUAUCUCAGUGUGUUGGCAUGCUAACAUUUGCUAAUAAGCAUAGAACACAAAGUAGGCUGAGGCUGAUGGGAAUUAGUUUUGCAGGUAUUUUGUUAGAAGUAUUGGACGAAUUAAAAUUUUGACCUGACUGCAAACUAGCAGUUAGGUCAAAAUGUAAAUUAAAGGAUCGCCAAAUUCAUUAGGGUUUGUCCUCUGAGAACAAUGCAAGUAUGUACCAAAAUACCUGGCAAUCUGUCCAAUAGUUAAGAUAUUUCAGUCUAGACCGAAGUGGUGGACUGAUCAACUGACAUUUCCAUCCAUAGAGCCACGGCUGGAAACACAUUGUGGAAAUGGUUGUCGGUAACGUGAAGAAUACAUGAUGUGAAGUAAAUGGGGAUAAAACAGAAAAAUACUGAAACAAUGUUUUAAAUUUUGACAUAAACCAGACAGUUCUGUGCUGUGGGGUCUAAUAGAUAUAUUUUUAUUGCUGCUACAUAUUUUGUCUUUGACUGCUGGACUGCAGAACAAAGAAAGUAAAUGGACAUACAUGAUAGAUAUUGUAUGAUGUAAAACUGACCUUUUUGUGGUUUCUUUUAUUUAAAGAUGAAUAAAAGGUGAAUUCAGUUAUGUCUGGUAGCAAAGGGAGACUUUAUGCAGAAUGAGGUAUUUCUUUUUCAGCAACUUGGUUUCCAAUGAGGGAAAAGUUCCUUAGUUAUAGUGCCUGUUGGGGCUGUGAGAGUGUCCACAGUCAGGAGGGAGCCAUUGUCUAUUUACUCUGUGCUCUUUACAUGUUUACAAUAAAGUCUAUGCUGAACAGGAA